AUGAGCCGCGUCAGCCCAAAACAGAGAAAGCUUGCCAAGUACCGCCGCAUGGCCUGCUUGGCCAUUGCCCUCCGCCUUCCUUACAAGGACCUUCUCAUCAACAUGUACACCGCGCUUGCCCGCUCUCGAUACAUGAAGAGACCCAAGGUAUAUGGCAACCUCCGUGAUCGUGACUGGCAAAAAACCAUCGACAAAAUCCAUGCCACAGCUAGGAAAAAUACCACCAACAUGACAGAUUUCCGCCAGAGAUUCCGUCUCACGCCGAGUGAGUUCACAGGGCUCUUGGAACUCAUAAAGCACCACCCAAUUUUCCAAACAGGUGGACCUCGCAAGCAGGCGCCACCAAUGUACCAGCUCUCGGUCGCGUUGUACCGUCUGGGUCACGAUGGUAGUGGCGCAAACAUGAACGGUGUCGGCCAUACUUUUGGAGUUUCUGAGGGCACAGCGACAUUGUGGACCAAACGUGUUGUGGUUGCUAUAAUCUCCCUCGAGAAGCAGGUCAUGCGCUGGCCAGACUCGACUACCAGGGCCGCCCUUGUCAAGAAGUUUGCGGAGGAGGGGAUCCCUGGAGGGUGUGUGGGCGUCGUGGACGGAGUCAUGAUUCCGGUGAUGAGGGAGAUGGGGUUGGAGCCAACGGUGCCGCGUCAGGCAAGGGGCAGGCAGGCGAGGCGAUAA